AUGAAAGACAACAUUGAAUUUUACGUUGAGUUUAUUGCAGAGGUUGAAAAAAACCCUGUAUUAUACAAUCACACGCUCAAUGAUUAUAGUAACAGACGGUUUACAGAAAUUAUUUGGACUAAGAUUGGCGAAAAAUUCAAUGAAAAGAGUGAUGAUUGUAAGUCCAAAUGGAAAUCCAUACGUUCAGCCUACUUACGAUCUCUCAAUACAAAAUCUAAAAGUGGGUCCGCUGCUGGGUUGAAAAAGGAGUACUAUUUAGCGCCAUAUUUGAAAUUUCUAAACCCUUUUACAAAAAACCGACCACAAGAGGGUAAUUUACCAGUACAAGAAGAUGAACAACGUUCUGAACAUGAAUCCCAAUCUCAUGAAUCUCAAUCCCAGAUUGAGGAAACUUCAAACAAUGUUCCCGAUUUCACAUCUGCCGAGGAAGAUUCACUGAGAAAUGAAACGCCUGCAGCUGGUUCGUCUGUACCCAGUCCCCAUUCUUCGAGCUCAAUACAGACUCCUCAACCAUCAAAAUCUCGGAAACACAUGAAUGAAGCAGACAGAUGUACUAUUGAAUAUUUUACACUAAAAAAACAAAGACUGGAAAAUAAUCAACGAUCUGAGAAACAACCAAAAAAUCCAUGUGAAAUGUUUCUUUUAAGUUUAGUUCCACACAUGACAUCCAUGUCCCAGCAACAGCAAUUAAGCUUUCAAAGAGGGGUACUGGACUUAAUAGAAAACAUUAAGUACAGGCAGCUACCACGUCGAUCAUUGGAUACGAGUUCGUCAAAUUCAAAUUUAUCAACAUUUUAUACAAAUUUUUCUCAAGUUCUAAAUGAUGACCGUCCGUUGCAAAGGGCAACCGAGAUUGCUCAAUCAGAAUACCAGCCCUCGCAAGCACCAUGUACAAUUCUUCAAUCAGAUGAGUCACCUGCACAACAAUCAAACGAGACUCCUCAGUCUGAAAGUCAAUUUUUACUUAAUAUCUUACAUACCUUAAAGUGA